CUUUCUAUGUGUAAUGAUCACUGCCAGCCUGGUCAUCAGAAGAAGAAAAAGGAAGGAGAAAAGUUUUGCUGCUAUGAUUGCACCCCAUGCCCAGAAGGGAAGAUUUCAAACCUGACUGAUAUGGAUGACUGCUUCAGAUGCCCAGAAGAUCAAUAUCCAAACAAGAAUAAAAAUGGGUGCAUCCCCAAAGUCAAAACUUUUCUCUCAUAUGAAGAACCAAUAGGGAUCACUUUAGCCUCACUUGCAAUUUCUUUUUCUCUGAUCACGGCCUUGAUUCUAGGAACUUUUAUUAAGCACAGAGACACCCCCAUAGUCAAAGCCAACAACCGGGAACUUACCUACACUCUCCUCAUCUCCCUCCUGCUCUGCUUCCUCUCUUCUUUGUUAUUCAUUGGCCAACCUGGGAAAACGAUCUGCCUUCUCCGACAACCAACAUUUGGCAUUAUCUUCUCAGUGGUUGUUUCAUGCGUUCUGGCAAAAACAACCAUUGUUUCUCUGGCAUUUAUGGCCUCAAAGCCUGGCUCUGGAAUGAAGAAAUGGCUGGGGAGAAGACUGGCUUUUUCCAUUGUCCUUUCAUGCUCCCUUAUUCCAGUAGGCAUUUGUGCUGUGUGGUUAUCAACCUCUCCCCCAUUCCCCCAUUUAGACAUGUAUUCAGUAACUGAAGAAAUUAUAGUGCAAUGUAAUGAAGGGCUUGUUGCAAUGUUUUACUGUGUCCUGGGCUACUUAGGUCUUUUGGCCAUUGCCAGCUUCAUUGAGGCGUUCCUUGCUCGCAAGUUACCAGACAGUUUUAAUGAAGCUAAAUUUAUAACAUUCAGCAUGUUGGCAUUUUGCAGUGUGUGGGUCUCUUUUGUUCCAACCUAUCUAAGCACAAGAGGAAAACACAUGGUGGCUGUGGAGGUCUUCUCCAUCUUGGCUUCCAGUGCUGGUGUACUGGCUUGUAUCUUCCUCCCUAAAUGCUACAUCAUCCUCUUGAAACCUGAACUGAACUGCAGGGAGCAGCUUAGCAGGAAAUAA